UAUUAUUUAUAAGUGUCUCGGGCCCUCUGCCAAAUGUGAGACCACUAAACCUAAACAUUUAUCCUUGACAUUUUGUCAACAAGAUCGUGACAUUGUACCGAUCUCUUGGCGAGAUGCUAUAAAACGGCUUUCCCGCGUCAAUAUACAUAGAUUAUUAUCUUCCAAGGUCUACGUUAUCACAUAAAUUUCUGGAAAAUUGCGAGCAACAAUCUCGUGUUUCACAUGUCAUUUGCUUAUGAUUGACUUGUGACAAUCAGCUGAGACGCGUCAACUAUGGAAGACGCGUCAACUACAAAGAAAGCAUCAACCAUGCAGCUACCUGACUACCUGACUAAUUGUAAGAUUUAUAAUCCAUCAUCAGAUGUAAACGUAACAGUGGAUGGAUUGGUGCUGCAGGUGCUAUACGGAAGUGAGACGGAAACUGCACAGGAUGUUGCUGAAGAGAUUUGGAAGAGUGCCCAAAGAAAACAAAGGCAAUGCACUGUAUCAUCUUUGGACAAAUACGACAUGCGAAACCUGUCUUCCAGACAAUUAAUUGUCUUUGUUGUUGCAACUACUGGACAAGGAGAUCUUCCAGCUAAUAUGAAAACAUUUUGGAAACAUCUACUAGACAAGAGUCUGUGGACAGAUCAGCUGCGAAAUCUAAACUAUGGCAUACUUGGUUUGGGUGAUAGUUGCUCUCCAAAAUUCAACUUUGCUGCAAAGAAAUUAAACAUACGUCUUGCACAAUUGGGUGGCAAAGAAUUAUUACCCAUUGGAUUUGCUGAUGAUCAAAAUGAUUUGAUGAUUAAUGCUCUAGUGAAUUGCUGGAUUAAGGAAUUGUGGGAAAAAAUUGCAAAAGUGUUUAAAAUUUCUGUAGAAGACAAAAUUCAGGAUAAUUUAAUAAUUGAAAAAUAUCAUAUCUCUAUAUAUAAUGAUCAUAUUUUACAUUCAGGUCUUUUAGAUGGCGGAUUGAUAUUAUGGCCAUCAAAGAGCGAUAUCUAUUAUCAAGAAAUAGACACAAAUGUGAAUAUUAAUGUGAAUAUUAAAACAGGAUCAAUAUAUAACAAUGUAAGAACCACUUCAAUAGAUCAUUUUCAAGAAGUUAGAUUAAUAACUAUUGAAUUACCACAUAAAAUUAAGUAUGAUCCUGGAGAUAUUAUUUAUGUUAGACCAAAAAAUUCUAUAGAACAAGUGAGACGAUUUUUUAAUAUACUUUACGGACACAAUAUACAACUGUUUCCAAAUACAAUGGUUGAAGUGAAGAAGAAAGAAAUAAAAGUUCCUCUUGCUUUGCAAUGUCGCUUACCUUUAAAGGAAAUAGUUGAACAAUAUUGGGAUCUGAAUUUUAAGCCACGACAAUCUACAAUGCAUACUUUGUCUCUUAUCAGUGAAGAUAAAUUAGAAAAGAAAAAAUUAUAUAAAUUUGCUAGUCCAUGUGAUCAAGAAGAGCUUUAUAAUUAUAUAUACAAGCCAAGAAAAAAUAUUUUGGAGGUCCUCAUGGAUUUUCCUCAUACAACUAGUAAACUAAAUAUUCGAUUAUUAUUUGAAAUUAUGUCACCCAUAAGACCACGUCCUUAUAGCAUCGCUUCUAGCUCAAAAGCUACUCCAGAUAAGAUUCAAAUUUUAGUAGCAGUAGUUGACUAUAAAACUAGAUUAUUGGAGUCAAGAUUUGGUUUAUGUUCAAAAUGGCUAAAAAAUUUAAAAAUAAAUGACAAAGUGACAUUUCGGAUUCAAAAGGGAACUUUUCGAUUUGAAGAUAAUAAGCCGAUAAUUAUGAUUGGUCCUGGAACUGGAGUUGCUCCAUUUAGAUCAUUUCUUUUGGAGGAAGAAGAAAAGAAAAAAGACUUGAAGGAAUGCGUUCUGUUUUUCGGGUGCCGAAAGAAGGAUAAGGAUUAUCAUUGCAGGGAAGAUUUUGAACGCUUAGCAGAGAAGACAAAUUUGAAAGUGUUUUGUGCAUUUUCUAGAGAUCAAGAUUAUAAAAUAUAUGUGCAACAUAUUAUUCGUGAACAAAGAGAGCUAUGUUGGCAAUUUUUGCAAAAUGAUGGCAGUAUUUACUUGGCAGGAAACUCUAAAAAUAUGCCGAAUGACGUGCGUGAUGAAUUCGUUGAUUUGGCAAAAGAAAUCGGUAAAAUGACGGAAGAACAGGCAGAAAAGUUCAUCAAGGAUCUAGAAAAGAAAAAUCGAUAUCAAAUCGAGAUUUGGGAUUGAAAAGAGGAUUGGUAAAUAAAAAAAAAUUACAUCUUCAGGAAAAAUGUUUAAUAUAUAUCAAGGAUUCUUUGUCCAAAAAAAGAGAGUGUAUAUAUAUAUUUUUUUUUCUUUUCAUCUAUAUGAUAUUAAUGUAUAUUAUCUGCAUACUAGUUCAUUCGGAUACACAUGAUUAAUAUUUGUAUAUACCUGUUGGUUUUCUAUAAUAUAGUAUCACUAUAUGCACAUAUCAGAAUGGACUUUGAAAAGAUAAUACUUGAAAAUACUUUCACAUUUUAAUUAAUUUAAUAUUGUAAUUAUCAUCAAUCAUAUCAGAAUAGACUUUGAAAAGACAAUACUUGAAAAUACUCUCACAUUUUAAUUAAUUUAAUA